AAAAUACUCUUAUUGACAAGGAAUAUAUUAAUUUGCAUAGGGGAUCUCUGUUUUUCAGAGGACUACAAAGGAAAGAAAGGUCGCAAAAGUUCAGCAAGAAGGAAGAGAGCUCUCACCAGAACCAAACUGCCUAGCACCUUGACCUGGAACUUCUAGCUUUUAGAACUAAUUUCAACUCAGAACACACCUGAAGUGAGGCUACAGACAAGAUGGAAGCACCUCCACGUUCUCUGUCCUCCUAUACCCUGGGCCCCCUUGACCAAGACUACAGUUGGGAACAGCUUUCGGAGCUGGAGAAAUACUUCAAGAUGGAGCCUUACCCUGACCUCAAGGCCCGUAAGGUCCUGGCCACCAGACUCAACUUGAAGGAGGAACAAGUUGAGACUUGGUUCAUCCAGCGUUCCUUGGAGCAGGAGAUGUGCCCUCCCUUUGCCUGGCUGCAGCAGUCCGCCCGGGAUAGCACCUCUUUUUGUCCUACCCACAAAGGCCACUGCUGCCGGACACCGAGCUGGAGGUACAGGCUUGUGCCCAUCAACCCCUCGGAGCCCUCAACCAGCUGUGAGCACAAUUCCUGACUCUCGUUGCCCUAGUGGGACCACUCCAACAUGUAGCAAGACCUCACCACCACCGCUUUCCAACCAGCCCAACUAACCAAAAUGCUGGAUGCUUUCAGGAGACUUGGGGUCAAUGCUUCUACACUUGGGUGCCAAGGCAGGAGGCAUUGGACAGAAACGAUGUUGCAGAUGACAAAUCAAGCUGAAUCUCCAACCAGGGCUUCCUGUAGGCCCUGCAGGGCCACACCCCACAGGCUGGAGGUUGUGGUUCCAAUUCUUUUAACACACUCCACUCCCUGACCCC